AAAUUUAAUACUUUAAGGCUGGUGCCACACGAGCGUACAAAAUGCGUUGGUACGCACGUACUUUUUGACGCGCGUCGUAGAAUUACAUUAUCGCUUACAGGAGUGGUCACACGAGCAACGUGCGCUAAAAAUAACGCGCGUUCGCACGGACGUCAAUUUCUUAUCGACGUAUUUUUUCUGGAACGCACGUCAAGAAUUAUCAACGCGCGUUUAGAAUUAUACACAUUUAAAUAUACGUCGACACACGUUCUCACAAAGUACGGACGUAUUGAAGUAAUUACUACCACCUGAAAUUCCUUACAUUACGUUUGUACUGAAAUUUUCGUAGUAUUUCGUAAUUAAAUUAUUUUUUUUUUAAAAUGUCAAGUAUCGACAACGAAUUGUUAAUUAGUGAGGUCCAAAAAUAUGAAGUCUUGUGGAAUACAGCUGAUGAAGACUAUAAAGAUAAACUUAAAAAGAAUGGGGCAUGGAUAAAAGUAGCGUCGUCUUUAAUUAAUUCAUUCAUAGAUGAAAACGAAGCACAACAAAAAAUAAUUUUAUUAGACAUAAUGAGUAGAUGGCGUACAAUUCGUGACAACUAUGUGCGAAGUUUAAAAAAACAAGCCAAUAACUCAAGAUCUGGUUCAGCUGCCAAAAAAACAAAGUUGUACGUUUAUGGGGAACAAUUGUCUUUCCUGGGAAAAAACAGAGAGUUAAGAAAUACUGAUUCAAAUUUCGAAGACCAACUUCUAUCUGAACCAACAUCGCCUAAUAUCAAUGAAAGAGAGCUUAAUUCAUCAGUUAAUAUUGAGAAUGGAAGUUAUCAUGAAAUGGCCGGGAGUUCUUCCUCUUCUCUAAAUGAAAAAUCAACAACGAAGCGAAAAAAGCCUAAUGUGGAGCAAGCUCUAGUUGACUUUAUGGAGUCACAUAAUAAUAAAGUGACAAAAAACCCCAUGGAACGAGAUGAAGACAUGGCAUUCUUUUAUUCACUACUUCCAACAGUUAAAUCGUUAACUGCAGACCAGAAAUUUAGUUUUAGAAUGCAAACAAUGCAACUCCUUAAUAACAUUACAAAUAAAACUCAUAUUAAUCGAUCAUUCAACAGUCAUUCAAACAUUCAAUCACUAUUGAACACUACACCUGCCACCUCAUUUCGACCACUUUCUCAUACUCCUGGUUAUGACUUUGUUCGGCCACCGUCUUCAACAUCAUCAGCUGCGUCAUACUACUCAGAAUUUUCUCAUGAUGAAAUUUCAAACGACAAUUUCAAUAUGCAAGAAAAUUAUAACCAAAAAAACUUUUAAAAAUAAACUUAAAAUUUAUACAUUUCAUUUAAAAAUAAAAAAAAUUUGUAAUAAUUUAAUGUGAUAACUACAAUGUAUAAUAACUAUUAUCUUCGUAAUAAAAAUAUUUCUGAAAGUUUACUAACAGAUAUUUUAAUAAUACGUAAAUUAUAAUAUAAAUUUAGUAAAUAAAAUCUAUUCUCCAC